AUGAUUUACCGUUUAAUAAGUAGUGACUUGAACAUACCAAGUCAGGUGCUCGAAGAGGGUAAAACGUUGGUGCUGGGUCGCAAUCGUGAGUGCAAAAUCAAAGACCUGAAAUGUCCUCGCAACUACGCAACUGUUCAGGCCGAAGGAAGCAAGGUGCUCGUGAACUUCACCAAAAGCGAUGACUGUCAACGUUUCAAAUCAGGCCAGACAAUCACUGGGCCCGGGUUUGCUUUUCUUGUUAAAAUUGUAAACACUGAUUCACAACGAAACGAAGACGAUGAAACUAAGUCGACCGAUAACACGAGUGAUCUGACAGUUCAAUGGACAGAAGAUGAGACAAAGAGAAUUAUUGUCGGAAAAUUUCGCGGGGGUGGACAAGCAAGCCCUCUGAUUGCAUCGUUUGAUUUUGACUACACACUGGUCGUUCCGAAAAGUGGAAAAACUUAUCCAGUGGAUGGCAGUGACUGGAAGUUACUUGAUUCAAGACUGCCAAAGUUUUUCUCCGACUACGUGGAGAAAGGUUACCGUCUUGUGGUUGUAUCAAAUCAAGGAGGAAUCGAGAAAGGAAAAGUGAACGUCAAUGAGGUGAAGAAGCGUUUCAACGAUUCUAUCGUGGCCCUAGGUCAGCCUUGUCUGGUGCUCAUCGCUACUCACGAUGAUAUAUUCAGAAAGCCACGCAUUGGCCUUUGGUCGUACCUGUCGGAAGAGCUUCAACCCUCCGUGGACAUUGACUUUGAACGCAGCUUCUACGUUGGUGAUGCAGCAGGCCGUAAAAAAUCGGCACUUCGCAAAGCGGACCACAGCUGCGCUGAUCUACUGUUCGCCGUAAAUGCCAAACUGAACUUCAUGUUGCCUGAACAGUUUAUGAGCUGCGCAGCCAAGGGAGCAACCAUGUGCAACCAGUCAAAAUCAUUACUUAGUCAAAUAGACUGCUUCAAGCCAAGUGAAGAGAGGGACAAUGCUGAGCAGUUCAUUCUGCGCGAGGUUGCCACAGGCGCCAAGGUGACCAGCUUGCAGACUGUUCUCCCCACUCAGCUGCACUGCAUCAUCUUCAGCGGCAUGUCAGCCACCGGGAAGUCGUCAUUUUACCGGCAACACCUGAAGCAGCUCAAUUACGUGUACAUAAGUCGUGACGAGAUGAACUGCGCAAUGUCCAAGUGUGAAUCACUGGCAGAGAAGACACUGAGCGCUUCACAGAACGUCGUCAUUGAUAACACCAGCGUCGACAAAACUUCACGCGCCAAGUGGAUUCAAGUGUGCAAGGACAGGCGAGCAAUUCCCAUCAUUUUCCACUUCAAACUUCCGCUUAAGCACAUUUUUCACAAUAACGUUUAUCGCAAGCUCACCACUGCCCAGUCGACUGUGACCAGCGUUCUCAUAUACACGCAGAACAAAAGGUUUGAAGAACCGACCGCCAGCGAGGGUGCGACCGUCUUUGAGGUCAACUUUGUGCCUACUUUUACCAGCGAGGAACAGCGAACGCUCUACUACAUGUAUCUAACUGAAAAGUGA